UCCAAGCCUCAGCUCCUCGCAGUUUCCUCUCCUUGUUUUGCUUUCGAUCUGGACUCUUCUCAGCCAAAGCUGAGGGAGUAACUUUUAGUUUUGCUCCUGCGAUUAUUCAGCUGAGUGUUUUCAUUUCCAUUUUGCAUCCCCUGGCAACAGCGUUAACCUUGAGGAAUUAUAUAAAUACCGCGCAUAACACAUUAAACAAGUCGAUGGAGACUUACGUUUAUGUGGAGUGGGGAAAUUCCCUUUUGACUUGAUAGCCUGGAUGUCUCAAUGUCUUCCUAUUAACUCUAAUGGUCCAUCAUUGUCUUCCCCGGCUGGACAAUGGAUCGUUACUUGAAGCAAGUUUUGUGUAAAUCCCUGUCUUGGGAGGUGCCUCUCCCCACUUGACUACUCACCCCCCUGCUGUAACGAUGCCUGUGGAAAGAAUGCGGAUGCGUCCAUGGCUGGAAGACCAAAUAAAUUCAAACACAAUACCAGGGUUAAAAUGGCUAAAUAAGGAGAAGAAGAUUUUUCAGAUUCCCUGGAUGCACGCUGCACGACAUGGGUGGGAUGUUGAAAAAGAUGCUCCUUUAUUUAGAAACUGGGCAAUUCACACAGGAAAAUUUCAACCAGGAGUAGAUAAACCUGAUCCAAAGACAUGGAAGGCAAACUUCCGAUGCGCUAUGAACUCCUUGCCUGAUAUAGAAGAAGUCAAAGACAAAAGUAUAAAGAAAGGAAACAAUGCCUUCAGGGUUUACAGGAUGCUACCCGUAUCCGAAAGGCCUUCCAAAAAAGGAAAGAAACCAAAGACUGAGAAGGAUGACAAAUCCAAACAAAUAAAGCAAGAACCAGUUGAGUCAUCUUUUGCAGUGACUAAUGGAAUAACUGAGGUCUCUUCUGACUACUUCCUACCCUCUACUAUAAAAAGUGAAGUUGACAGUACUGUGAAUAUUGUAGUUGUAGGACAGCCCCAUCUUGAUGGCAGUACUGAGGAGCAGGUGAUAGUUGCCAAUCCUCCUGAUGUUUGCCAAGUAGUAGAGGUGACAACAGAGUGUGAUGAGCAGCCCCUCAGCAUGAGUCAGCUGUACCCUCUGCAGAUCUCCCCAGUCUCCUCCUAUGCAGAAAGUGAAACGACAGACAGCAUUCCCAGUGAUGAAGAAAAUGCAGAGGGUCGGCUUCAGUGGCAAAAGAAAAACAUUGAAGGCAAACAGUAUCUGAGCAAUCUUGGUAUGAGGAACACUUCUCAUAUUCUUCCCAGUAUGGCUACCUUUGUGACUUCCAACAAGCCUGACCUCCAGGUCACCAUCAAAGAAGAAAGCUCCCCACUGCCUUACAACAGCUCCUGGCCCCCCUUCCCAGCUAUCCCUCUCCCACAAGUCGUGUCUUCAGCUUCUGCCAGCAGCAGCAGGCCAGACCAUGAGACACGGGCUAGUGUCAUCAAGAAAACAUCAGACAUCACCCAGUCGAGAGUCAAGAGCUGCUAAGCCUCUGACUGGGUCUCUUUAGUUUUGGUUUGUUUUUGUAUUUUAUGUUUCUCUAGAAGAGGUGCAACUCUGACGCACAUUAGACAAAUCUAAGGGAAAGCCUUGACAAUAUAGAACAUUGCUGUGUCCGACUCCAGUACUGGAGCUUUUUAACUCAGGACUCCAGCCAUCAGUAUGUAUACCUGAAACCAGAUGGAUUUCCAAGGUUACUGCAUAGGAAAAACAGAACUUUGGCCCACUUAUAUAAGUUCCAGUACUUCAUAAGAGGACCAACAACCACAGGGGAAGUGGUAUUGCUGCACUUCUUGCAGUCAAGGCUGUGAUGGAACUGAAAGCCUCAGAAUGGAAGAGAAAAUGUGAACUAGCUGGAAUUUUUUUUUUUUAAAUAAAAAAAUCUAUUGUGAAUAUGUACAUAGUGCAGUACUAGCAACGUUGCAGUCUGCUUCUGCACCUUAUUAAAAAGCACUUACGAAAAGGCCUUUUAUUACCUUGCUCUAAUUAAUGGCACAUUCAAAGCCCCCUCCCAUCUUUAUUCUUUUCCAAGGCUAUUCUUGCUAACAAGUCUUGAGAAGUAAGGGAAAGAAAAGGAAGGUAAACCUUCCUAUAUGGAUUUCACACAUUGUAAGACUGCUUUUCUCGUGUUUGUUUCUAAUCUGCUAUGCUUGAAUGCCGCGUGGUACAAUAGGAAGAAAAAUAUUACAGAGAUAUUAUGCAAAUUCCCAGAUUUCAAGAAGAAAAAAAGUACUCUAAUUCUAACCAGAGCAAGUUUUUUUUAUUUUUUAUACAGGGGAAUAUUUUAUUCAAAGUAAAAUUCUAAAGUGAAUAUAAUUGUUUUUUUAAUCUUUUCUACAGCAAAUUUAUAAUUUUAAGAUUCAGUUCUUGGUGGGUUAUCAGCAGUUAUUACAUCCUUGUGGCACAUUUUUUUAAUUUUGUAAAGGUGAAAUAGCUUUUAUGAGCUCAUGUAGCAAUCAAAUUAUCCUGUGGAUUGAUAAUAAAUAUGAUAUAGAGUUAAA